AUGCUUAUUGAAAACUCAGAAAACGAAAAGUACAUCAAGACAAUCAAUUUUGGGUGUUAUCCCAAAAAUGUAUUGCAAUUGCAGAAUAGUCAAGAUUUUCUCCAACAAUUGAUAUUUAUCGACUAUCAAUUGAAAUUGUUGGUGCAAAAUGAGUUUCAUGGACAAGAGUUGACGUCAGUGCAAAAUGUUGUUGCAAACGGUGGAGACUCUUCAUACUCACCAAAGGAGAAAUUGUUACAAUUGAUCAAUUAUACAACCUCAAUUAACUCGAACCACCCCAAGCCAACAAGAACUUAUGAAGCGAACCUAUAUUACACUGUGUUGAUGGCUCAUUUACUAUACAUCGAUGGCAACCUACUCGAAAUGAACAAAUUACUCACAUCGAUCAAAGUUUCAUUUCAAGUGAGUAAGAACCUCAAUGUGUCAGCUAGUGUAUAUGAGUUUAUCCAAUACUUGACAGUACGAUACUAUGUCUUGCUUGGUUUGAGCAACCAAAACGGUUUGUCAAUUUGGACAGAUUAUCUAAACUACUUUAACAAACCAUUUACCAAGUCACACGUUGUUGCCAAUUAUUGGCUUGACUUGUUGCUUGGAAACCUCGCUGUUGCAUUGACUAAAAAUCGCACAAUUCAGCUAUCAUUCGUUAACCAAUUGACUAAACUCCCAUUUUACAAAAACAAGUUGGCAAUUAUAGCUUUUGCCAAUUUUCUUUUACGUCCUGAAAGCUCAAGAUUAGUUAAUCAAAAUUUCAAACAAGAGUAUACUGAAUUUUUGGUGGUGGAUAUCAACGAAUGCAUUCACCUGAGAGUUCAAUUUCCUGAUGCACACGAUGAAAACACUCAAGUUAAUGAUUUCACCAAUAACUUGUAUGAAUCAUUGAGUUAUGUACCGUUCAACUUGGCCAUUUUCAAACCUGACUUGUCGAAACAGUUUUUGGUCGAUGCGAUGAAGAAAACGUACCAAAGCAGAGUCGUCAUUUCCAACUUUAUUUACACUUUGAUUGACUUGAAUGAGUUUGAUGAAGCAUUGGCUGCAUUCAAUACGUACAUCGAUUAUUUAGAAAAAGAUCAAGAAUUGAAGAAUGGUCAAGUGGAUGAUAUUUUGGCCAUAAUUGAUACAUACAGUACCUGCAUCAUCCAUUUCAAUCCAUUGAAAUCAUUUAGGAACCAUCCUAAAUUUAAAUUCACCGAGGAGAAUGUGGUUUUACAACAUUUGCGCAAAUAUGUUGACCAAUUACAAAACUACAUGUCCAAAUUGGCUGAGUUGAUUGAUUUAACUUAUGAUGAUGAAAAUUAUGCUGGUGAUCGAAACCCACUUUCAUUCUUGUACCGGAAAUACAAUUUAAACGUAUUACAAUCUGAUCAUUCUCAAUUUAUUGAAUUGAUUUCCAAAGCUUGGCAUUCAAUUGGAUAUUUCCACAAUUACUUUGCCUUGUGUGAAUCGACUAAUCAAAAAAUCCUCGACAACCACGUGUCACAAGUGUUGAGCAAUUAUAAAAACUCGUUAAUCGUUAAUUCAACUGGCAAUGUUGUUUAUUUGUUCCAUUAUGCAUUGGCCUUGGCAAAUACUGGUCAGUUGAAACCGUCGUUGAAGUUGUGCAAGUUUAUUUUGAAACGGUAUCCUGAAUCUUUCAAAACUUGGAAUCUCUUGGUGUUGUUGAUAACUUCAUUCAACAAUAACGACGAGGAUGUUAAUAAACCAGCAAGCUUUUAUGACAAUAUACUCCCAGAUAACUUGCUAAAUGAUGUCAGUAAAGUCAAUGGUAAGAUGAAUGGAAUUGAUCAACAAGUGGACAGUACUUAUACACCACCGAAGUUGGAAAUUAGAGAACCGGAAAAAUACAUCAACAAGGCGUUAAACAUUUCUGGAUUAUACAUUUUGAAGCACAAGGAAAGAGAUAUCAAAUUGCCUACAGAUGCAAAGUACGAGAUCAUGCAGUUGAAAUUGACCCAAUUAGCAGUAUUGGAAUCUGUUCACGGCUCACAGUAUAUGAUGAAUUACAUCACAGAAGCUUUCCUUUUGUAUCACGAACUUUUUGAAGUGUCAUUCAACACAACUAGCUCAACGGGGUUGGCAUCUUCAAGAAAUUUUGGUGCUCACGAAAAAUGGUCACACCGACCAAGCUUUAUUGAUCCAAUUGAACUUCAAAAUGUUGGAUCAAACCAGCCUGCACCUGUAAGAGCAAGCUCCCCAACAAGUGCAGCGUACUCAGUAUCCCACACACUGGCAAAGACCAACCCAGUCGCCACCAAGAAUGUCUCGCUAGUCAACGACAAGGACGGGUCUCACGUGAAGAGAACUCACACAGUUGACCGAUUGAGGCGACUUUCUAAGUUGCCCAAGUCGCUUCCAAAGCCAGUCUUGCGAUCUGACGCCACUAACAGAAGAGACUCUAUAUCUUCGUUGAAGUCGGUGGGAAGUGCUCCGGGAUCUCGUAUCAAGAAGCCGGAUUUUUUCAAGAAUGGCAAUGAUCUGAAGAAUGCAAUAGUGGAAAAGUCAUUGUCUCCAUCACCGUCACGUACUGGUCUUGUACAAAAUUCGAAUCAUGUAGCAGCACCAGCACCAGCGCCAGGAUCAGCAGCAGCAGCAGCAGCCCCUGUUCAACGCAGUGCCCCCAUCCAUACAACUCCCAAAGACAAUAUUCUCGAACGUAAAUUGCUUCAAGAGUUGUGGCUUUGGACAGCACGUGUGUUUUUGAAGAAUGACUUGCAUGAUGAAUGUGAAGAAUGUAUUGGUGAAGCUGAAUCCAUUUACGAACCAAAUAUCAAGACAUUUAUAGCUACUGGUCAAUUGAGUUCGAAAAGUAAGAAAUUCCUAUCAUUACAAGAGUACGAAAGGUCAUUGGAGAUUUUACAACGUACUGACAAAUACAACAAGAUUGAAUUUGGAUAUGCCAUAUUGGGAUUGGCGAAAUUGUUUGUUGUUGAUGAUGUGGCGACAAAGAGUCUAUUCAUUUCGACUAGAGACAUGGAUGCGGCAAUUAUAAGAUUGAAAAACAUGUUGGAGCAGUAUUCAUUGAGCUGGCCAGUUGGUUCCAACAAUUCUGAAGUUUGGUUUUAUUUGAGCAAGAUUUAUGAAAUCAUUGAUGAUAAGAUUUUGUUGACGAGAAGUUUGUGGAAAUGUGUCGAGUUGGAGGAUAGUCGACCAGUCAGGAGUUUUGAAGUUUGUAAUUCAAGUAUGUAA